AAAUAACAAAGAGUUCAAUCAUAACUCGAUCAGCUCAUCAUUUGAAUCUCCAACAAGUUAACCACUUUUGAUCCAAUCAAUGUCUUUUAGACUCUGGGAUGAAUUAUUCUAUUGUAGAAAGUUGGAAGUUGAUCAAGAGCUUAACAUUGCUGUUAGUUCUCGUUGUGUAUUGGGAAUUCGGGAUUCUGGACCAGCAUACAGUUGUUCUCAAUGAUUGGAUUCUGCUCGGCAAAAUGAGUCUCCCCAACUCUAAUCAACUUUCAGGAUCAAGAGGGUUUGAUUAUAAGAAUUGGAGCUCGAUUUCCUUGUCUUCUACAAGCUCUCUGAUGAAGUGGUGUCGUAGCCCUAUGUGCUUCGUCCUUCCGUGGAAGACUGGAUUUUUUGUCAUUGCAAUUGUAGACAUAUUGUCACAGUAGAUAGUCGUCGGCUGCAUUUGCCUUUGUUGUAGGUCAUUCAUUAUUCUUCUUAGCCACACUGCUUCACAUG